UGCUGUUCGAAAGAGACACCGUCAACGUUACUAUGCCGGAUGCACGAAAACAAAUCGCAACCUAUGAUUUUGGAUUUGACCAGAAUACGCGUCCGAAGUGGUACAGUCUCGAAUCUACCGUUUGCUGGAAAAAAAACCCAAUUAGUAUGUAUAACGAAAAAUAUUGAAUCGUUUCCAUAGGUUAGUCUCGACAAGACAGUUUCACGAUGAUGCAACAGUCGGUCGUCUCGUACUUACCUACCCAUGAAACAGUUAAAAGAAUUCCAAAACAUAUAUCGCUGGUAGUUGAUUAUUCGAUGAGUAUACGCUACCAGAGAUCAUUAUUUGCUCUUUCAUGAUACACGUUAAAAAUUGAAGGAUUAAUAGAUCUAGGAGCAGCUAUAUUGAAAAAUUAAAUGCUUCUGAAGUCGUUGAUCCUUCCAUUUUUUAAUUAAAGGAAUUACCUAUUGGAAUUAUACCGAGUGGUGCAGAAUAUAGAGUACUAUAUCAUGGAAUAUACUACGUAUUAGAUUUUGAGAAUAGCUUUUAAGAAUCGUACUCGAGUCCUCGUUUACACGUCAGUGCUUCCUUACGAGGACAUUCUCGUCUUCUUUAUUUAUCGUAAUCCUGUAAGAUCUCGCGCGUAGAAGGGGACCUCGAAUACGCGUGUGAAGACUAACGAAAAACAAGAACAAGUUCGUCCACUCGGUACAGUCGAUGGUUCUGUCGCCGCAUUCUAUUGUAUGCCAUAGUUUAUUAGCUGCAAACAAAACACAGGGCUGCCAAAUCUUCACGAAUUGUGUUAAAUGAUGAGUGAGGAAAACGUAACACAAACAAUUUAUUAAUUGACCAGCUUCUUCUCGUCGAAUCUGUGCUGCUAGCUGUUACAUAACAAGAGUACGAAGAGUGUGAGUUCUUUUUCGUUGCAAACAAAAAUUUUAUCUUAAUUGUACAGGGUAUUUAGAAAGCGGUUUUAGGAUUCUUCUUUUUAAUGAAACACAAAUGAUAUGGAAUACAUCCGAGUUUUACACAAAUUUUUACACCAGUUUUUAGACACUUUAAUGUGGGAGAUGAUGUGACUGACAGGUGUAUUUUAUUAUUAAAAACUUUUUUUUUUUUUUUUUUAACCUUUUUAUCGUCAUUCGAUACUUAAAAUCUACCAAACACUGUUACGUGACAGCUUUCAGCUCGCCUAAGAGGCUUUCAAUGAUUCAUGAAAACAGAUAUGAGCAAUCGUUCGUUUUGUCGUUGGUCAAAGUUGACAGAAAUUCUCACGGUCAAUUAAUAAAUUUUGCUUAUAUCACUAUGGUGCGUUAGUUGUAUCGAAUUACCGCGAGGCCUCUGUAAAUUCGACGUGCCGUUUUGCAUUCUAAAUGAAACACAAAGCAUCGCUGCCACGAAAAGAAAAAAAGGAAAAAAAGACGACAGUGUCGCGUCGAUUUAUUUAGCAUUGUUAGGCCAGCGUCGUGUCGUGCGUUCGCGCGACUUGAAUUUGCAUGCUUUACUAUUUUAAAACAAUAUACCCCCGUGGAUCGUUUACAGUCGGUAUAGAAUUGAAAGACAAAAAAAAAAACAGUAUCAAAAAGCGAACAAUACAAAUGUCAGUGUGAUUUGUCCAUGCAACUGAGCCAAUUCUAACCUCAAUACCCGUUUCUAUUGUUCUCCUGAUUUCUGAACACUAUUUACAUUUUGUUCUCAUUACUUUCUUUUUUUCUCUUGUUUAGUGUAUUCGAGGUGCUUUCGUUAGUAAGGUUAAGAUCUCAGCUCGUGAAUAAAUUAGUUUAUUAUCGAUACGUGGUGGGAAAGGACCAAUCCGCAAGACUGGAAGAUAACGAUUCCCAAAACGAGCUGGCUCUCGGGUGAAAAAAAGAUAAUUUAUCAUUUACAGCUGAUAAGACGAAGAAUAAUAUGAACGUACUCUGUCAAAAUGAUUCUAUCCUUAUUACCGUGGAUGUCAUGAACGCACAAAGCUUUCAAUUAAUUAGAAUACGCAUUACAAAUCCGAUCUAUCAAUCGAAAGUCUCUUACCAUUUUAUCUGUAUUACUAGUCGGGCUUUAUAUGGAGAGAAUCAUUCGAACAGAGUUGUAGCUUUCGAAGCAUUCUUCUCAGCUAUCGAUGAUACUUGAUUUUCUUUCUUUUUUUUUUUUCUUGUUUACUCUCCCUCGCUCUUUUGCUUCUCGACACUGCGUGAAACGAAAAGGAAAAGAAAGACACGAUCGUUCUUCUCGUGAAAAUUAUAACAUACCGACGAGGAAUAUUAGAACGAAAUGUUCGGACGUUCCGUAGGCGAGAUGAUUGAUAACGCCACACGUAUGUACAUGUACGUACUACGCCUAUACAGGAUUUUUCCUUGUUUUUUCUUUUAUAUAUCUACACAACAGCACAUAACGAAGCAUUACGGGUUUUUUAUGCUUAAUCGGAGAGGACGCAAAAAAUUCUCUAUUUUAUUAUUUUUUCAAAAGAUGUUACAUUUUAUAUCACUCAGCGUCAUCAAUGCGUUGCUUUUUUAAAAAAAAAAAGGAAUCAAAUUGUAAGUUGCUCGUUAGCGAUUUAUCGUAAUUAAUUUAGCAGUAAGUCUUAGUACGCGCAAUCAAUUGUCAUUCCUCCAUUUUGUUUUGUUUUUUUAUCGCUCUAACUAGUUCAAUUAAUUUUCGAAUGAAAUACUAUACUUUCUUUUCCACGCGAGGUUCUAAUUUCUUCGAAGAGGAGCGGAUUCGUACACGCGAGAGAAAUUCGUAUCGCGCCUCAGGCUGUUUAGUCAAUUAUUUUUUAAAGGUUAGUAAAUACGUCGAAGAUCGUUAGGUUCUCGAUACAAAGCUCUUCUUAAUUUUAACGAAUAUUCUAUCCCUCUUAUGUUCUUUUAUUUGAAGCGCAGUUCUGAGCGGCUUGGCCCCUUCUUUUGCCAAACACAUCCCCAAAGUCCCUCCUCUCAUUAUUGUUAAUAAUAUGUAUUCAGUAUUCGCGUUAUUUUAGAUUAUUAUUAUUAUUAUUAUUGUCAGGUAUAUUCUGGUUUAUUAUAUCAUUAUUACCACGAACAAUGUAAUCUAUUAUUCUAUAAUACAUGGUUUUUCCAAAGCUCGUCAGACGUUCUUCAUUUUUCAAUAAUUACGUUAACUAAUGACGAUCUUGACCACCAUGACAUCGUCCCAUGCCGUUUAAUAUCAUUCACGUUAAAAACACAUACGUAGAGUGAACCCUACAAUCGAUGUCGCAAAUUUGGUAGCUGCAUACUUUCACCAGUGGACGAGUAAAGCAAGAUCACAAGCAAGAAACUUUCCCUUUCUGUUUGGACGAAACGCAGCGAGCGUUUCUGUUCGUUGCUCGUGGGAUAUGAUUAAAGUUGGCAUUAAUACAAUAACAGAUUUCGCGAGAAACGAAAACAGCGUAACUGGUGUCCAGAAGAUAAAAGCAGAUGAAACUUGUAUUCCGUCGAUAUCGUGGUAGUUACCAACUCGCUCAGGCGGUAAGCACUAGUAUCGAGGGGUUUCCGACUGGUCUAGUUACCGACUGUUCUAGGUACCUUUGGUACCUAGGAUAUCGAAGAAUUGCUCGCGACUUCUUACACUUGUGUACUUGUGUAGUCUGAUAGAGAUAACAGUGUCGUCCUGUGGAGGUGUCGAAGACGUUAUAAGAAAAACAGAGCAGUAACAAUCGUGUUGAGGAAGAUAAAAGAAAUCAUGGUUGUGUGUCAUGAUUCUUAUCGUCCUCCAUCGCCUUCAUCCCUGUUGCUGUGUGAGCACAUCAAAGAGCGAGAGAAAGAGAGAGGUUACUAUUCAUAGACUAUUCAUAAACCUCUGUCCUUUAUUGUGUUCUUCAUCCGCCCGUAAGAGCGCGCAAUGUACCUGUGUUCCGCAUGCAUGCUUCCAUCGUCGUGUGCCCUCAAUCAGUACAAAUUAAAUUUUGUGUGUGAACCGUUAAUAUUUACCAUGGGAAAAAUUGUGUCCAUGUGCGCGAGGAGAAAGCAGUUUCUCCCAGUGACAAGUACAUCGUAUCGCGUUAUUUUCUUGUGGAUUGUGAUCGAUACCUGGAUUAAGGAUAUCCGUCGAAAACAGUUACCCAAAGGGUACCUGCACGUUCCUAUGGUAUGUUUAAUCUUCCCUUAACCUUAAAAUGACUGCCAACCUCGACCUCUGUACCUCCAAGACUCGAUUUCUUUUUUCUUUUUUUUUUCUAAUUCUCAGCCCAUGUACGGACUCUAUUCCACGAACGUGAGAUUCUCGAUUGUCAAGGACUAACAGGUGGUCUGCGUGGACCGUUUCACGCGGAGAUUAAGAACAUUACACAGGUAACAUUAAAACGUCGGAAGGAGGAAGGAGUGAGCGAAAGAUGUCGUUGAGCAGAGGCUGCAGACGCUGCUCAAGGAAGGAGCAAACAGUUUCAUGAACCCAGAAUGGCUGCAACCGGAAUUACCGCCUUUCUUCGACGCGAAGAAGUUUUCCCUCGGCCAGAGGAUGUUCAACAAUAACGUUUUCACCAUGAUGGUCGCCAAGCUCUGCGGGCUGUUAUGCUUGUUCGCUAUACCGUCGAUCAGAGCUGUUUUGCUCUUCACCAAGCAGAGCUGCACGUCCUGCGCUGCGUUUCGCAGAUACGUGUCCACGAUUCUGCACACUUGGGUCUGGUACGAGAAGAAACCAGUUGUAGAGAAAAAGUUCCUGGACUCCCUGAGGAUCGUGCGGAAAAAGCACUGCGUGGCGUUUCGCAGAAGCUCGGACGCUGGCCUCGACAGAGUCUCGCAGCUGGAUAUGGCGUUGACUCAGUUCGGUUUCGUAGGGUUCACCCUUCUGGGCGGCGACUAUCUCGGGGUGAAUAACAGCUUCGACGAACUCGAGGGACUGAUUCACUUCUGGCGCGUGGUUGGCAGCAUGCUGGGAAUGGAAGACAAGUACAACAUCUGCUCAGGAAGCGUCGAAGAGACCCGCGCACUCUGCAGACGACUCCUGGACGAAGUCUUCCUUCCGUCGCUCGCCAGGGAUAUCAAGGAGUUCGAUGAGAUGAGUCACGCUCUGAUAAAAGCUCUCUGGCCCAUGAAUCCUUACAUGGAUUCCACUGCCUUCGUCGCGUUCACCCUUACACUGGCGUCCUCCACCGCCACGAAUAACAAUCACUCGUUGAAAAUAGAUACGUCGAACAUGUCGUGGUACAGUAAAUUUAUCUUUAAUCUUCAAAUGAUGACCCACAAGUACCUGCUGGCUAGCGCGAAUUGGUGGUCGUGGAUCUUCAGAGCGUACUUCAACGGGCAAAUGCGACUGGCCAUGUAUCUGACCGAGAACUUGCCGUUCCUGGCGUUCUGGAACUUCGGUAUUAAGAAUUCUUACGUUAAUAUUUAUAAUUACCGCGUCAUGUGAGCUAGAGUUAAGGUAGAACCGCCGGCGGUAGACGGGUUAAACCUUUCUACCGGAUGGCGUCAGGAGACAACGAACAUACGUUAAAGUAGUAAAAGAAGAAGUAGACUAUAGAGACGAAGCUCAAUGUAGAUGAUAAGCGUAGGAUAAAAAGAAUCUUUUGUACGGAAUUGUAUAGUUAGAUUUAAGCCUUUAAGUACCUGCGGAUAGAAUAAAUCCAGCGACAAGUAGAAAUUACCUUUUAAGCCUUAAUCGUACUUACAUGUUUUGUAAUACAACACCGCGCGUAAAUACAAAUACAGCACAUUAUCCGAUCCUAAUACUCGGCGCUGAUCGUGCUUACCGUACCCCUGCACGACUGUGUUAGUUACAUAUUUUACGUAUCUACCUUCGCAGCAUUAAAUUAUCAACUAGAGUGUUCACGAAUCGAUCGGCCAUGGUUAUAAUUUACCCACGAGCGAAAUUGGUCCCGAAACGAAGACAACGUCGCAUCGGCCGUUCUCGUUAGCUUUCACGGAAAUCCUUCAAAGUACGCGAUACCUCUCCGCGAUUUCAUAAUUUUAGAGGAGACUGCCUUAUCUCUCGCGCCAUGGCGUCUGGUGAGUGUUCCGUCAGCAGGCGAUAAAAAAAUGCCUCGACGAAGAUCAUAAUACCGUCCUUGAACUCUCCUCGCCAAUAUUGAUCGAACGGGAUACGUUCGGCAUCCGUUUUUCGUUCGCUGUUAGGCUAAUUCAGGCGAGGCAGACGCGAACGUCUAAUUAAAAGGUCGACGUUAAUCGAAUCAAAGGUCGACUCAUCUGAAACGAAUCGACCUAGCGUAGGAGAGCUUCCAGGACAGAGUCAAUUAAUCUUAGAUACGUUCUGGACAUCGUCACGUGCCCGAUAAACACCGCGGCGACGGAACGAAUGGGUUUCGCGACAGUGGCGUGACUUACUUUCGCGGGCCCCGGGUCCAAACGGAGUUUACGUUUAUCUUUGUAUCUUGCCUCUGGCGUGAAGCCUCUCGCUACGAUGAGGAAUCGCAGGUGGCUCGUUGAAUGUUUUUUUAACGAGUAAAUAACGCGUAAAAAGGCUGAACGACUUGCUUACUUCAAUUACUGUCGCGAAUUAACUAAUUGCGCUUCAGCCUCGGGAAAACAUGUUUCUCCGGCUGGGACUUCCGGUCGAAAUUAUUCUCAAUGAACGUGCAUGACAUCGGAACGACGCUACACCGUCCGUGACGGUCACACCGUUCUGCAUCCUUUGCUAAAUCAAUAAGCAAACAUUGUAACGUUUUUACGUUUACGUUUCACGUCAAAAAUGAAUGUCGAUCGUAUCCUUAUAAGUCGCUGCAUCGAGAUCAGGAUA